UCACAGUUCUUUGAGACAAUGCCAAAAGGACCUCUGAGACUUUGAUGGCCUCUCAUAUCCUGGAAAGGGGAAUUACAGUGCAGCAGAUGGAGGGACCUGGGAAAGGCCACUGAAGAAGAGAAGGAUUUCCAGAACAAACUCUGCUAAAAGAAAUUAACCAAGAUGAAUUGGUCUGGUUUGGAAGACCUCUUGGGGGGAGUGAACAAAUACUCCACGGCGUUUGGGCGUAUUUGGCUCUCGGUUGUCUUCAUCUUUCGGCUUCUAGUCUACUUAGUGGCAGCAGAGAAAGUCUGGGGAGAUGACAGUAAGGACUUUGACUGCAACACUGAGCAGCCAGGUUGUCCCAAUGUCUGCUAUGACCUUUACUUUCCAAUCUCUCACAUCCGACUCUGGGCCCUGCAACUGAUCCUUGUCACCUGUCCUUCCCUGUUGGUUGUGAUGCAUGUAGCCUACCGGCAAGCCAAACUGAAGAAACGUUUACAGAAAAGUGGGAAUAACUUCAGACCACGUUAUCCCCCCGGCAAGAAGCGUGGAGGGUUAUGGUGGACCUAUCUCUUCAGUCUUCUCUUCAAAGGUGCGGUGGACAUUGUGUUUCUGUUUAUCUUUUACCACGUGUACCCAAACUACAAGCUUCCUACUCUAGUCAAAUGUUCUCUCUCACCUUGCCCUAACCUAGUUGACUGCUACAUAGCCAGGCCAACAGAGAAGAACAUCUUCACUCUGUUCAUGAUCAUCACUGCCUGUGUUUGCGUCCUACUUAGCCUCCUGGAAGCUUUCUAUCUCAUUGGGAAAAGAUGUAAGGAGAGCCUUCAGGAGCGAAGUGGAAGUCAUCAAAUAGAGAGUGGCCAAAUGCACUUUCUCAAAAGAGACAAUUGCCCCCUGUCCCCAAAUAAACAGGACACCACUGAAAUAGACGGGCAGAUUUUUCAUGGGUCAGAUUAUAAGCCAGUCACUUCACCUCUCAUAAGCAGCUCCCAAUGUGGAGAGCCUUCAAAACUUGGGAAGCUGGAAUAAACAUACAUCCAUGAAAAAGAAGAGCUUGGACACAAUCCAUAUUGCUUCGCUCCAAUUCCAACGAUUUCUGCUAAGCUGGAAACACGAGAAGUGUGAGAAAUGGUGGAAGUUAUAGGAGAUUAGGAAAAAAGAACAUUCGUCUAGCUCUGUUUGUUCAGGUUUCAAUAGCUACUGUGUCUGGCCAUGUAAUCCACUCCUGGUUUAUGCUCCAAUCAAGCAGCCAUGCCCUUCUUCAGGGUGGUCCAUUACAUUCCCAUCUGCCUUUCUGAAUAUUUUUUUUUUUAACCACAACACUUGUACUCAUGAGUUUAGUGUUUUCUUCCCCAUCUAAACUCCAAACUUCCUCAACUCAAAAACAUUGUAGCUCUGGAAACCUAAGAAUUCCAGUGUCUGCUGACUCUUCUGCAUGGGGUUGGUGGUUCUUCUAUCCAAGCACGGCUCUUUUUUCCAGAUCUUCAACUGCCAUAUUCAUUUGUUCUGAUUCUUUUAACUGAAUGCCCCUAAGCCAGGGGUAGGCAACCUUGGCUCUUUUUAUGACUCGUAGACUUCAACUCCCAGAAUUCCUGAGCCAGCAUAGCUCUGGGAAUUGAAGUCCACGAGUCAUAAAAGAGCCAAGGUUGCCUACACCUGACCUAUGUUACUUGUCAACAACAUAUUGUUCUUUAUUUACUUUCUAACCCAAUUCAUUUUUUUAUAAUUAUCUCACUAUCAAGGCGUAUUUGGUGAAACUGGUAUUGAGAUGCUUUUCCAGUCAAGAGAACUUGGAAUUGUAAAAUAAAACUGAAGAUGUGAUAGCUGAUGGAGGAAAGACUAGCACUGUGUUCUAGCCCUGAUGAAGUAGUGCAGUUUCUAGCUUGAAAAAUAUGAGUUUUCACUUGCAGGAGCCAGAAAUGGCAAAGAAGAUGAUCUGUAUGGUUUGGUGGUCUGCCAUCAUUACUGACAUUCAGCUUGAUGGCCUAUGGGAUGUCAAGAGUGAAUCUAGGCAUAAAACAAUGCAUAUUCUUAAUACUUGAAAAUCAAAUUUUGGAUAAUAAAAAUCCGUCGGAUAUCAAUGAGAUCACUUAACCUGUAGCUCCCUUUUCUCUUGGUUUACUGGAAGCAAUUCCCCAAAAUUACAUAGGUGUCUUCACCGACUAUAUUUGGAGAUUACAGGGUUAAACUUUAAGAUUAUUGGCAUAACAAACCAUUAACUUCGAUUCCUUAUUUUCUUCCUGUUAUGCUUUCUGGAUUAGGAGAUUGGCGCUGGGCAGGCAAUAGGCAAGAAAUAUCACAACAAUCUAUUACAUCCUUGUGUAAGUUCCACACCUCAAUGCCAACUGAUCAUCUCUGUUUUAAGUCCUGAUUUUCUUGCUAAUCGACAGCUUAGUUUGGCUGAAACUCUACAAGCCAUGGCAAACCCCUCCUCUGCAUUGGCACACUCCAGUAGUUAAUUACGUGCUAUUGAUGGGUUGAUUGCUAUUAAUUAUACAGCACAUGUUUUCUGAUUCAUUUCUCCACUUAUGAUCUAAUAGACUAUUGAGAAACUGUUUACCUCUGACCUAAAUACUCUGUUUCUCAAUUACUAUGGUGCCCAGAGAAACUUCUGGAACAGUUUAUUUGUUUUGGAGAAAAAGAGAAAAUAUACAUUUUUGGAAAUAAAAUAUAAAUUGAGAUAUUUUUUUCCCUGAAGUAGAAAUGGCUGUCCAUCUUUUGAACCAAGAACACUUGAUUUAGUUUACUAAUUUUAAAACAAAUCACAUCACUUAUCUGUAAAGUUUAUAAGACACCAUGUGUGGCCUACAAACUUGAGUCAACCCAUUUGUUCAUCUAGCUCAAGAUGGUUGGUGCUUACUGACAGCAGCUGUCUAUGAUCUCAGGGCUGACUAUCUCCAAUUCUUCAUCAAGAUGUCAGGAAGUGAACUUUUGAUCUUCUGCACAGACAGCUGUCUUAUACUGACUGACACCAAUUGUUGUUCUGCCUAAUUCUCAGGGUUUCAGACAGAAAUCUUUCCUAGAAAAUUCUUGGAGAAUUCAGAAUUCUGGAUGCCUUACUUGUGAAGAACAGAUCUCUGUGCAUUUAUCUACAGCUCUUUCUAUCACUAUAUUGAUCUACAUGGCACUGUUUCACCCAAUGCCUUGGUUGAAAUGUGUCAUGAACCUCUGCACAAAAGUCUAUAAAAUUGUGCUGCACUUUGUUCUGGUUGGUUUAAUCAAAAUUUUAGAUAGUUGGUUUUUGAGGAUCAGUUGCAAUUAUAAAAGCUAAAUUUACAUACUUGAACACUUUUAAUAUUUAAUGUAAUGAUGAUAAAUAAAAAUGUUGAAGUUGGCUAAGUACAA